AUGUGGCUUUAAUGACACUAUUUCCAAGUUCCGUUGCUUCUGCCCUGAAGGACCCGAUAGCCAGAGUUGCCGACGUGCAGAUGCAGGUAUUUUAGCUGUGGCGAUAGUUCUCUUCUCCAUAAUUUUAUUCGCUUUCAACAAGAGGAAGUACAUGUUGAAUUUGAAGGGAAAGACGCAAAACGAUAAGGACAUUGAACUCUUUCUGAAAAACAAUGAGAAUCUUACAACAAGAAGAUACAAUUACUUUGAUCUUAAGAAAAUGACUAAUUCAUUCAGUGACAACUUAGGAGAAGGGGGCUUUGCCAGUGUGUAUAGAGGAAAGUUAUCCGACGGUCGUCUUGUAGCAGUAAAGAUUUUGAAAGAAUCGAAAGGCAAUGGAGAAGAAUUUAUCAAUGACGUUGCAAGUAUCAGUAGAACAUCCCAUGUUAACAUUGUCACUCUGUUGGGAUUUUGCUUUGAGGGUUCCAAAAGAGCUCUCAUUUACGAGUUCAUGCCCAACGGAUCUCUUGAGAAGUUCAUAAAUCACAAUAGCUCUAUAGCAGAACGUCAGUUAGGAUGGGAAAAAUUGUUUCAAAUUGCAGUUGGCAUUGCUCAUGGAAUAGAAUACUUGCACCAAGGAUGUAAUACACGAAUUUUGCACUUUGACAUUAAACCUCACAAUAUUCUUCUGGAUAAAGACUUUAACCCUAAAAUAUCGGAUUUUGGCUUGGCGAGACUUUGCCCCAACAGGUCCGAUAUAGUGUCAAUACUAGGGGCUAGAGGGACAAUAGGGUAUAUAGCUCCGGAAAUAGUUUAUAGAAACAUUGGAGAUGUUUCUCACAAGUCAGAUGUCUAUAGCUAUGGUAUGAUGAUUUUGGAAAUAAUUGGACAGACGAAAAAUAUUAAUGUCAGAGUUGAUCAUUCAAGCGAAAAUUACUUUCCUAAUUGGUUAUAUAAGAACCUAGAACAGAAUGUUGAACUUGAUUUGAACUUCAUUGUGAAUGCAAAUGAACAUUUGAGGAUAAAGACAAUGUUAAUAGUUGGCUUAUGGUGCAUACAAACUAAUCCCACAAAUAGACCAGCAAUGAGCAGGGUUAUAGAAAUGUUAGAAGGGCACAUUGAAUCUCUGCAAAUCCCACCUAGACCCUACUCAUUUUUACAGCCAAGAGAAUUAGCACAUCCUUCAACUUUUGAGUUAUCACUCACUUUCUCUGAUAUUCAUGAAGUUGAGCAAUGACCCCAUUAAAACUUCCUGGGAUCCUAUAGUGAUUGGUGGCUCCCAGUGACCAAGCAUAGAAGCAAUUAAUUCCAUUGUUUGUUCUCUAGAAAUUUGUAAAUUGUUAAUGUUAAAAUGCUAAACAAGAAUUACCUGGAAUAUUAAAAUUUUCUUUAAUUUAA